AUGAAGCUCCUCCUGAUCAUUGCAAUUCUGCUGUUCCAGAAGUCCACAGUAACUGAACAACUUAAGAGAUGCUGGGGUGAAUAUAUACGAGGAUAUUGCAGGAAAAUAUGCAAAAUAAGUGAAAUACGUGAAGUACUAUGUGAGAAUGGGAGAUACUGUUGCCUCAAUAUCGUGGCAUUGGAAGCACGUAAAAAAAUUACAAAGCCACCUCGUCCAAAGCCAAGGACAUAUGCAGUGACUUUCCCUCAAGAUUAUGAUAUAAACAUAGAAAAUUAUUCAAGACCCAAGGCAAACUCUACUUGA